CUGCGCUUACUCACUAAACGGAAGUAAUAUGGCCGACACCAACAACAUGUCGAAAAUUGUCGGAAAAAAAUGCUUCAAAAUCGUUUUUAUAAAGUCAUAGCGGGGAUUUGAUUUGAUUAAAGCAAUGUUUAAUUGGAAAACGAUAUAUUAAACAAAAUGACUGAUUGUGAAGUACCGGAUCAAAGUCUGAACAUUUCAGAUUCAGAAAAAAUAAGUAAAAUAUCCUACCCCACCCACUCAAUUCAGCACGAAGAUGACGCAAAUACAAUCAGUGGCAAGUCGCUUCCUCUGGAUAAGCAUCCUCCAAAUGGUAUAACUCAUGUUUCACCAGAUGCUAAUGGUCUCUUAAACCAGAAGAAAGAUCCAUUGCCAUCUUUUCAAAUAUUUUCUCAGAAGGCCCCCUGUUGUGCUGCAGAAACCUGCACUGAAGAGAAUGACAGGUGUAAAUCUAUGGACAAAGAUGAAGGUCCUGUGUGUGAUUGUGAUAAAUCCAAUAUGAAUGAUGUCUGUCAAUUAUCAUCUAAUUUGAAUAGUGUUACAUUUGAUGAAAAUGAAUCGGAAGAAAGAGACAUAUUUAAUGGAAUUGAAUAUGUUGUCUACAAAUCAGAAGUGCAAAUGCCUGAUAUCAUGAGACUCAUCACCAAAGACUUGUCAGAACCAUAUUCCAUUUAUACUUACAGAUAUUUUAUCCAUAAUUGGCCAAAACUUUGCUUUUUAGCAAUGGAUGAAGAGAAAUGUGUUGGGGCUAUUGUCUGCAAGUUAGACUUGCAUAAGAAAAUGGUUCGCAGAGGGUAUAUUGCCAUGUUAGCUGUCGAUUCUGAAUACAGACGGAAAAAAAUAGGUUCACAUCUUGUUCUGAAAGCCAUUAAAGCUAUGAUUUCUGAUGACUGUGAUGAGGUUGUACUGGAGACCGAGAUCACGAAUCAAGCAGCGCUAAGGUUAUAUGAAAACCUGGGUUUUGUUCGUGAUAAAAGACUAUUCCGUUACUAUUUAAAUGGUGUAGACGCAUUAAGACUGAAACUGUGGUUACGAUAACAAAACUGUGUUCUAGCAAUUAAAUAAACUGUUAUAUAUACGAGCCGCGCCAUGACAAAACCAACAUAAUGUGUUUGCGAUCAGCAUGGAUCUAGACCAGCCUGUGCAGUUUGAUCAGGAUCCAUGCUGUUCGCUUACAAACCCUAUAACAAGUAGAGAAACUGAUAGUGAACAGCAUGGAUCCUGAUCAGACUGCGCAGUCUGGUCUGGAUCCAUGCUGGGUGCGAACACAUUACGUUUGUUUUGUCAUGGUGUGGCUCACAUAUAAAUAAAAAUCUGUUGUACAAAACCUUGAACUGGUAUAUAUGAUAGUGUGUCUGGAGUGAAAAGCAGGGCAUAAUGAUUGUUUCGGAUGGUUUUAAAUAAUUACUAAUAUCAUUUCCGUCAAACUGUAGGAUAGCCGUAGAAAACAAAGUUGUGAGUGUCUCAGUGAUGAGCAAUAGUUCAACUGUUGAAUGUGAUGAUAAGAAAUUUUAAAAUUCCUUUUGCUCUUUAUUUGUUUGUAAGUUUAGGUUUGAAUUUACUUGAUUAUGAUGCCUGAAUAGUAUAGGAUAUGAUUCUGUUAUAGAACGCACAUGAACUGAUUAAAAGGUUAUGAAAAAGUUGUGCUUUAUUUAUUGCAAUGUAUAUAUUUAUUCUCCAACCAGAUUUAUGAUGACUUACUCUUACCAAGUUAAAAGUGAACUGUACUAAGAUGUUAAUUUAAGAAAUCAUGUAUCAGAAUAUUGAGACGGUCCUGUUUUGUCUAUAGAAAAGGAAUAUUCUUGCACAUUGACAUUCGCACAGUCUGUCAAGAUUUUAGUCUGUAAGCUGUAGUACAUGUAUGAUCAGAAGCAUUUUGAUAAUUUAUUUGUUGAAUAAUAAACAUUUGACAGUUCAAGCAUAGUAAACCCUUUAACCAAAUUAAAAAUGUUGGAUAAUAGUUUAUAUUGUGAUUUUUUGAGGUUUAAUAUGAUUGUUAUUCUUGAAGAAUAGUGAUGUUUGAGGUUAUAUUAGUGAUUUUUGAGGUUAAACUUUAAAUUAGUCAUUUUUGAGGUUAUAAUAUAGAGAUUUUUUGUUUUUAGUUUAAAAUAGUGAUUUUUGAGAUGUAUGAUUGUUGAAUUUUGCAUGGUUCGUCUGAAUGUUUUUACUUGUUUGUUAUUAUGUAAACUCUACAGGAAACCUAUACAUACUGAAACUAUUUAGUCUCUAAUUUAUUUCAUUAUUUUCCUUUUAGAAUUGGCAAGAAUAAUGAAUUUUUGUAAUCGGAUUUACUAUUAAAAUUUAUUUUCUAAUUUAUUGUAUGACAGCCUAUUUGGGUUGUAUGUGUGUCAAAAUUGGUUAUAAGAAAUUAAAAGAUAUUAUUUUUGCAUUUGGUAAACUAACUAAAUAUAUACAGCCUCAUUUUUGUUUAGCUCGUAAAAAAUUGAAUGUCUCAGAGAUAGUGUUGAUUCAUUGUACUUGUUGUUUUAACUACAUAAUAAACAAUUUAUUUAAUUUUAUUCUUAUUUGUUUGAUUUGCAUGAUUCAGCAAAAAUCACAUUAUGAUAAAUGCUUUAUUUUCUCUGAAAGAGUGGUGGAUGUUGAUACAAAUUACUCUUUUAAUGUGUUUGUGUUUCCUUUUAAAAAUGGGUCAGCAUCUACCAUUGUUUCAAAACCUUGGUUUAUUUUCUCUAAUGAUUCCCAGUCAUGUUUAUCCUUGAAAUACAAAAAUGUAUAUUAUAUAAGUAUAAAUUAAACUGCCCAGUUUCUGACCUCAGAUGUACAUGUAUGACGAGUUAGACUGCGAUUUUUGACAUGCCCCCCCAAUUUCUUUGUGUUGCAUAAUUAUUAUUUUAAGUUUGUCAUUUCCUUCUAGCCUUUUUCACACUUAUUCCCUUGGUGUUACUAUAAGAUUGUAACAUCCGAGAUUAGCCAAAAUCAUCUUUUCUGUUUUGUUACCAUAUCAUCCAAAUUUUGUUGGUGCACCAUAAAACCAAACAAAACAAAACCACAUUCACACUUAUUUAUAAUUUUUAUAGCACCUUCAUGUAAUGGCUGAUAUUCUAAAUCUUUCAUUGACCUUUAACCCAUAGUUGGGUAUGGUUGAUUGAGCCAUUGUAACUCGGGCUAAAAAUAGAAGCUCCUACUGUUGAUUAUAAGGCCAUAUAUUACGUUAUAAUUUUGUUUAAGCUAGGGAGCGUCCAUUGAUAUAAUCAAUAUUCUUCUUUUUUUCCUAAUCGUCUUGACAUUUAUCUUGAAAUUUUGGGAUUGAUCACAAUCUAAAAAACUGAAGUAUAUACAGAAGGUCUUAAUGCCGGUGUAAUUGCUCUUCUCAACGAUACAUAGAGGAAAUACUGCCAGUCAUAAAAUAUUUAUUUUGAUAUCACUCGAUGAAAAAAGAUCGUGUAUUUAUAGAAAAAACUUGAAUUUUCUGUAUAUUUAUAUACAUUUUCUCUUUUUUUGACAUUACAAUUUUGGAAGACUUUCCCUUAAAUUUUGUGUACUGGCUGACUUUAGAAGAAAGUAGUCCAGCAAGACACCAGUGAAAAUCAUGAAAAUAUGUUUCACUGCAGUGGAAAAUAAAUUAUGGUGACCAUGAAAAUACGGUAAAUGAAAAUACGCAUUUUAUUUCAUUAAUAUUUCAUUAAUAAUAUGUAAUAAAAUAUCAGUUCUUGAUUAUGUUAAGAAGGAAUGAUUAAAUAGCAUGACGACAAUGACGACAAUUAAAUUUAACACCCUUUCAACUUUUAAUAGAAGAGUUAAUAUGCAUGCCAUGCUCUUGUAUGUACAUUACAAUUGACAAUUUCAAAAAUUGAUUAUGAGGCAAGUUCAUUGCUCAAAUUCAGCAAUAAUACUUUAUGCAUGUAGUUAUUUAAAACAAAUAAUGCUGCUGCAUUUCAUGUUAAUUCUAUAUAAAGAUUACUACCUGCACAGCUCCAGAAGAGCCAAAAUAUUACUAGAAAAUUAACUUGAACAAAGACUUUAGGAAAAGUAAAAAUAUUCCUCUCCAAGUAAUAAUUUACAUAUUAAUUUACAUUAAUAAUUGAUUUAUCACCAUAUUUAUAUCGCUUGACCAGCACAGUUUGGUUGCUCUUGCAUAUUUUGGCCAUUCAAGUAUAAUUCAGGUGCUAAGUGAGAGCGGUUUGCUAUGUGUAAAUUACUCUCUUUUUUUUGUUCACUUUACAAUUUGCUCUUACUUUUUUUUCACAUUUUACAAAUUUUCAUGAAAGUUAGAUAAAAUGUGGAAUCAUGCUGCUGUAAUGCAAUGAAAAUGUACAAAUAUGAUGCUUUUAUUCAUAUAUUAUUCAGCUAAUUUUUAUGCUCUCAGAAGGGUGGGCAUAUAGUCGCCGCUUUGUCCAUCCCUCCAUCAGUAAUUCUUGUCCGGGACAUAACUUUGAAGCAACAAGAGGUAUCAACAUGAUACUACUAGAUAUAUCUUAUUGAGUUAAAGUGCAGUGCAAAAGAAUCAUAACUCUGUCUUGCCUAAUUUUGGAGUUAUUCCCCUUCGUUCAUUUUUACACUUGACAUAACUCUGACACUAAAAAAAUAUUCAUUCCUGUGUCCAAAACCUAUUCGGAGAGCAUCACCUGGUUCAACCGGCUCUUGUUUGUAUUUAUUACCAGAAAAAAAAUUAAAAACUGUUUAUAUUAGAAAUAGAAUGAUAUUUUUAUCCUCAUUUAAAAUUUAAUUUAGUUUGUUUAGUAAGCUACCUCUCAGUUUUGAGGCAUAUAAAGAAGAAAUGCACCCCAUUUCUCAGUCUGUGAAAUUUUUGUGAGUUUUCAUAUAGACAUAUAGGCAAAAUUAAAACUGUUCAAUAGCAUUUCUUAAUUCUUGCAUUUAUCCUGGAUUUUGUUUUACUGGUACUUAACCAAGCUGAAAAUUGUUAAAGACACUGCCCCACUGAUAGUCUUUGUUACAUUUGUUUGAUACAUGUACCAAGUCAAAAAGUCUCAUUUUUGUAUGAGUGUAUAAAUGUAGAAUGAAAUAUGUAAAGCUGCCUGUAAAUAAAUGUGCCUGAAAAAUGCUUGUGAACAAUAAAAGUCAAGUAAUAUGGCUCCUUAGUCAAAACUGAUCUUGUUCUCCAUAGAAACUCUCUAGUUUUCCAAAGGGAAAUCUAAAAAACAAAGUAACUGUUUGGUACAAUAAUAAUUUGAUAGAUAUUUUACUGUGAUUUUGUCAAAUUAUUUUGAUAUGUCCAGGAAAAAUUCUAAUAGUCAAUAAAAGUACAGUUUGUAUAUGUUUA